AUGCCUAAAGCUUCAGCGCCAAAAAAGAAAGCUGCAAAAGGAUAUGCAUUAGCGGAAUCUUUGCCAGUAGGCGAAGUUCUUCAAGAUAUUUCCAAAAAGCAAUGGAAGUUGGGUCCUGUUGUAGGCCAUGGUGGCUUUGGCGCAAUAUAUUCAGCUCGGCCAGCUACCGAUAAUGGUAGCAAAUAUCCCUAUGUUGUGAAAAUAGAACCUCAUUCAAAUGGGCCUUUGUUUGUGGAGAUGCAUUUUUAUAUGAGAAAUGCUAAACAAGUUGAUGUGGAGGAUUUUAAGAAGAAAAUGGGUCUAAAGACACUAGGAAUGCCAAUAUACAUAGGAUCUGGGUCACACGAAUACCGUGGAGAUAAGUAUAGAUUCAUUGUAAUGGAGCAAUUCGGCAAGGAUUUAUGGAAGACAUUUUUGGAAAAUAAACGGGUGUUUCCAGCCUCUACAGUAUUUAAAAUAGCGCUGCAAAUGUUGGACGUUUUAGAAUACAUUCACAGCAAAGGUUUUGUACACGCAGAUCUCAAAGGAGCCAACAUUUUAAUGGGCGUAACCAAAGAGACUGCAAAUAAACAGUUGUACCUGAUAGAUUUCGGUCUUGCCACCAAAUAUUACGAUCAAACCGAUUUUAAACCGAAUCCCAAGAAGGCCCAUGAUGGUACCAUAGAAUAUUUAAGCAGAGAUGCUCACCAAGGAGUUCAGACCAGACGAGGAGAUUUAGAAAUUCUUGCCUAUAAUAUCAUCCAGUGGCUUGGAUGUACUCUACCAUGGGAAAAGAAUUUGAAAGAUCCUAACAAUGUUCACAAAUCCAAAGAGGAAUAUAUGUCAGACAUUCCAAAAUUCAUGAAAACAUGCUUUACAAGUGAAUCUCCACCAGCUCCUUUAGUUACGUUUUUGAAGUAUUUGUUAACCCUAAAACACAAUUCCAACCCAGACUAUAAAAAAAUUAAAAGUAUUUUGUCAAAAGGCCUGGAGGCGGGCGAUAGCAUUGGAAAAGCUUUCAACUUUUCCAUUGGUAAAGCUUCUUCUAAUAAAACGCCUUCCAAAAAGACACCUUCAAAGAAACCGUCGUCCAAAACGCCUACUAAGAGGACAGGCAAAGACAUUUCUGCUGUUACGCCGAAGAGAAGAUCUGCAAGAAAUGAUGACGCAAAUUCUACUCUAGAAGAGGAAAAUGUUGAUGAAGAGGAAGAUAGUUCAGAUGAUAACGUUGAAGAAGUUACCUCCAAGAAGUCACCUUCAAAGAAAAGAUCCUCCAAGGUGUCUACAAAAAGGAAUGGCCAAGGUGUUACCUCGAGAAGAAGAUAUGCAAGGAAUGAUGAUGCAGAUUCUACACUAGAAGAAGAAGAAAAUGUGGAUGAAGAGGAAUAUAGUUCAGGUGAUAACGUUAAAGAAGCUAACUCCAAGAAGACACCUUCAAAGAAAACGCCGUCCAAAACUUCCACUAAAAGGAAAGGGCAAGGUACUACUACGAAAACAAGAUCUGCAAGGAACGAUGACGCAGAUUCUACUCUAGAAGAGAAAAAUGUGGAUGAAGAGGAUGAAGAUAGUGAAGCUGAUUGGAUCGAAGAACUGAACUCUUCUGUUAAUAAAGUGUCGUCCAAGAAAAGUCCUUCAAAGAAAUCUCCUUCCAAGAAAACCCUCUCCAAGUCGCCAACAAAAAGAAAAAGUAACGGAAUUUCUACGGUCUCACUGAAAAAAAGAUCUAAAAGAAGCGAAGCUCUAGAUUCUACCCUAGAAGAGAAAGAAAACUGGGAUGAAGUCGAAAGUGAUUUAGAGGAUGAUGUAGAAGAAAUCAUCUUACCAAGUAAACCUAGAAGGAAAAUCGUCUCACCAACUCGUAGGAAAACAAAGCCAAUUAAGAAGAAGCCCACGAGAUCACCAUCCCCUGCGAAAACUACAAACACUGUAGAAACGAACGCCAUGAGGGAAAUACGACAGCGGAUAUUGGAAAGGGAAAACUCAAAAAAGAAAACGAAGGCACGACAAUUACCAACAAAUGGAGAUACGGAUGGAUAUAACGAUGCCAUGAAAGAAGUUGCGUUAAAGAAAAAUGGUCGGAUCACUAAAACAGUCACAAACUAA